AUGCUACUCGAGUUAGGAGCGGUGUUAUACGUCAAAACAAACAUUCCUCAGACCAUGAUGACCGCUGAUUCCGAGAACAUCAUCUAUGGCCGAACUCUCAACCCACACAACACGACGCUGACAGCCGGUGGCUCCAGUGGUGGCGAAGGCGCCCUCGUGGCUUUCCGUGGCUCCAUCCUCGGUGUUGGUACCGACAUCGCCGGUUCAAUCCGUAUUCCAUCUCUCUGUUGCGGAGUCCACGGGUUCAAGCCAACGGCAGAUCGCGUUCCCUUUGGUGGGCAGGUCUCCGGCGCAAUGGAAGGAUUGCCUGGGCUCAAGCCCGCUGCUGGUCCUUUAGCGCACAGUGUUGCCGAUUUGCAACUUUUCAUGAAGACUGUCAUUGGCGAAGGAGAGGCAUGGCAAUAUGACCAGACUGCUUUGGCUGUGCCGUGGCAUAGCAAUCCUCGUGCGAUCAAGGAGCGUAAUGGCUCUUUGACUAUCGGGGUCCUGGCUGAGGAUAAGCGGUUUCCUCUUCAUCCGCCUGUGAGGCGUGCUUUAGAUCGUGCGGUUGAACUUCUCACUCGGGCCGGCCAUCGCAUUGUCAAGCUUGAUAACCAGAGCAGAGAGGGAACAUCCGUGGCAUUCGCCUCUCGCCUCUCGUUUGAAUACUUCGUCUAA